AUGACAGAGAAGCAUGAGAAAAACUUGGAGGUCAACAUCACAGUAUGUCCACUAGAACCAGAAAAUGACCCUUUCUACGACAAAUUUUCUCCGCAGCGAAAAUCCAUCUUUGUCUUCACCUUAUCAUUGGCAGUGUUUCUAACACCUUCCACGGCUAUGGCACUAUUGCCUGCUAUGUCAACCAUAGCUCGUGAAUUUCAUACUACAGAUAAUGUAAUCAUCAUCUCUAACGCAUGCUAUUACGUUGUAAUGGCAGCAACGCCAUGUUUGAUGACUCCACUUGGUGAUAUCUAUGGACGACGGAUUGUUGCAUUGGUUUGUUCAGCAGGAUUCUCCCUAUUCACUAUAUUGGUAGCAGUGUCUCAGAACAUCGGUCAAUUCAUUGUAUUUCGGUCAUUUACCGGAGUUUUCGGAAGUGCCUUCUUUGCCUUGGCUGGCCAGGUUAUAGGAGACAUUCACAUUCCCCAAGAAAGAGGAAAUGCAAUGGGAUGGACUCUUUGCGGAGCUCAGUUAGGCCCAGCAUUUGCGCCAGUACUUGGGGGUGUUAUCGUGACAUAUGCAAGCUGGAGAGUCAUAUUCUGGGUAUUGGCAGGACUUGGGAUUUUGACGGUUUUAUUAAUUUUCAUUUUUCUCAAGGAGACAAUCAGAGUUUCCCAAGCUGAUGAAAUCAGACGGAGAACAGGUAAGAAGUUUGUGUUUGUUCUGUACAAUCCAUUUAAGGUGCUUAUUUCAUUGAAACAUCGCAGCUUGAUGCUCUGUGGUGUCAUGAGUAUGUCGUUGUUGUACAACAUGUGUACGCUCACCACACCAAUUCCAAAUGUGGUCAAUCCUCGCUAUAAAUUGACUUCUCCUCUCUAUAGUGGGCUUUUCUAUUUGGCCCCGGGCAUGGGAAGUUUGUUGGGGUCAUUGUACGGAGGGAAGUGGGCGGACAGGUAUGUGGUUAAAUACAUGAAGAUUCGUGGAGGAAGAGUACCAGAAGACAGAUUGAGGUCAAUGUACGUCUCUUUUGGAAUUGUUCUGCCUUUGAGUGUCUUGAUUUAUGGAUGGUCAAUAGCAAAAGAAAAGGGUGGAAUUCCUCUUCCAGUUAUCACUCUUUUCGCCAAUGGAGUAGCACAAAUGUUCUGCUUUCCUUGCAUUAAUGCAUACACAGUUGAUUGUCUCCCACACUUGGGUGGAGACGCCAUAGCAUCCAACUAUUUCGUCCGUUUCUUUGCUGGUGCGAUUGGUACCGCUACAUGCUUGGUUCAAAUCCAAACUAUUGGAGUUGGCUGGAGUAACACUAUCUCUUUCUUUGUGUUGUUGAUUGGAUUCGGAUGUUGUUUGGUUUUAAUUAAAUAUGGAGCAACUUUUAGAGAAUUAGAGAUGGGUGAUCGAUCGUCGACUUCUCAAAGUCCGGAGACUGAAGGGGUUCGAGAAAUAAAAGUGGUUUAA